GAUGUGGACGAGAAGACUUUGCUCAGCAGCAAGCACAUCGCUGCAACACGCUCUCCUCGCAACAGCGAGGCCGCAUGCCUUCGCCUAGGCGUGGCCUUGUCGGAAUCUGCAGCCGUCACGGAAAUGGGCGCCGAGGCUUUGUCUUUCUACAGCGGUGACGAGCCGAAGGUGUUCGGCAUGGGCUUUGGCACUCUGGCAGACUGGUUCACAUCCACGGACGGUACGGCUUUCCUCGCAGCCGCGGCAGCGCUGAACAAGAGCAACGGCCUUCCGGACCAGGAGUCCGAUGUCGAGGCCGCCGUUCGAGGGUGGCUGCUCGGCUUAGAGAAACUGACUGCCUUGGAGAAGCAAGUGCGGCGGGUGGCGCAAGUCAGUGCGCGCACAUAUCUAUGGGCCAUGGACACAUUGGAGCAGCUGGCGACAACAAACUUCCCGAAGAAGGCCUUUGCCCAGGUCGAUGAGGCGAAUGCGCUGCGAAAAAUCAAAGCCAUUGCGUCUAUGUUGCGCAAGCCUUCCGACUCGAAAAGCCUGCGCAAGGCCAUGGUGGCCGCGUAUAUGAAACAAAUUUUUCAGAGCGGCCGCAAGAAAGCCGCCGCACGCCCUUUGGACGCCGACACGAGCCCGGAGGAGCGCGGCUCGAGUGAGACUUCUGCUUCGGCUGCUGCCUCCUCUUCGUCCGCGCCGCGCAACAAGGCGGGGAAGAAGCGAACGAGACGCACUAAGCAGAAAGGUGCGGCUGGCCGCCCGUCAAAGAAGACCUCAGCGACAAAGUCAAAGAAGCAAAAGAAGGAGAAGGCCGCCAGCUCCGAAAGCUCUCCCUCGAAAGCUCCCAAGACGCUGCGCCCGGCAGCUUUGACGUGCAGCUCCAACGAAGAAGCCACCUCGUCCCAGCCGGAUGACGCGACGCUGCUGCAAGCUUGGGCGCUUGACAAGCAGACACUCUUUGCCGAAAGUCUCGCGAAUGCUUGGUCCUCGAAAGACAAGCCGAAGGCUUCAGGGCAGCGCCUUUCGCUGCCCAUGCUUCUUACCGUUUUGGAGAACAUCCCGGGCAAUAUUCUUGAAGCUUAUGGCUUGCAAGAGGUCCGUGAAGCCCUCAAAGACAUGAGUCGCUUGCCGAAUCAUGCGAAGCUCGAGGAGAUCUUCGAGCGUCUGCAGGCACUGCGCGACAAGCUCCACCUUCCCGACGUAGGCGCAAAUGAAUUUGCGGCAGAAGCCGUUGCUACGGCCUCCACGGCCGUCGCAGAGCCGGGGCAUACGGAACUGGAACGUGUGGAUGGCUGA